AUGGAGUCCAUAGUAGACGUGACUACCACGACUUUCCAGGCUAUUUUGUCAGUCUGCGUAGUCUUUACUGCUGGUUAUGCCUACACGGGGAAACAUGCCCCUUACUUGAGCAGUACCCUGGUGCCAUUCGCCAGGACUAUCCUGCUACCUUCACUCAUCUUCACCACUUUCGCUGGUACCCAUGUCCUCUCUGCCAAAGGACUACUUCAAUUAUGGCCAAUCAUCAUUAUCGCUCUUCUCACUCAUAUCUCCUCUUUGGCCCUUUCGCUCGUCGCUGUACGCUAUGCGAAAGCUCCAGGAUGGGUGGCAGAGUCAUUGACCAAUAACAAUAAUGGCUCAUACCCCCUGUUACUGCUGUACUCUCUAUAUCCGAUCGGAUGGGGUCGUGUUCUUGAUCAUCUAAGAUGGCGAUCAAUGGACACCAUCGCUACCGUCAUCGAGCGAGCGACCGUAUACAUCCUAGUCAAUCUAGUAAUUACAGAAGCCGCAAGGAUCGUAUUUGCACCUUUAAUCGCUACCAAGCAUUCUCAUUUGGAAGUAGAUAUCCUAGACGAACCUAUUUCAGAUGAUCAAAUUCCCAGCGAGAUCGUAGAAGAUGAAGAAGACGCAGAUGAACGAACACCCUUGGUAGGGUUCAAAAGAAACAUCAAAUCCACCCAUUCUCUACUUGCCAAAACUCGCUCACCUAUAUUCAUCGCGACUGUCCUUGGAUUACUCGUGGGAUUGAUCAAACCCCUACAACGAUUUAUAGUCGGUACGGACGAUGGGGACACUUGGUUAUGGGGAAGUAUAGGUUUAGGAUUACGAUUCUUAGGCGGUGCGUUUGCUUUGGUGGAAGUUAUUGGUAUUGGAGCGGGCAUACGUGCAGGAGAAAAACAUAUUGAUCCCGAAUACAAAACCCCUCCUACGCUGGGGACGGUCCUUACCCUUGUAGCCUGGAGGUUGAUCGCUAUUCCUGCGAUAGUCUUAUCUGUGGUUUAUGGAUUCCGUAAGAUCCCUUCCACCAAGGUUUUCCUCCAAGAUCCUGCAUUCUCCUUCGUUCUAGCUCUUACUUCCAUCACCCCACCAGUUCUCCCAUCCAAACUCGACCCUUACCAGUCCUCCGUCCUCUUCUCCACCUUCUAUUCCACACUCAUCACAGCUCUCCCUAUUGCUGUGGCAGUAGCUAUCUCCGGUCGAGGUGUAUCCACUCACAUCGACUUUGACCUGGUUAGAGCUCUCAAAUCGGCCGGUGGAGGUGGAUUGGCAGGUGCAGCAGCUAUGGUAGUUCAGGUGUUGACCCUGAUGCCGAUGAGGACAAUCAUGAAUUACCAAUAUCGAUACGGAGGAAGCCUGAAGCAUGCUACUAAGACACUAUGGGAUGAUGGAGGGUUCAAGAGGUACUACGCCGGUUUGGCUGCUGCUUUGUUUCAAGGUCCUCUUUCUAGAUUCGGAGAUACAGCCGCCAACGCCGGUAUCCUCGCUUUACUCGAAUCUUUCACCUGGCCAGUGCUGGUCAAGACUAUAGCUGCGAGCGUAGCCUCAGCAUGUUUCAGAAUGACUCUAACCCCGAUUGAUACACUCAAAACUACCCAGCAGACUCAGGGUGGCGGCGCGGGCUUACAACUUCUCAAGCAGAGGAUAAGAGAUAAAGGUAUUGCCAGUUUGUGGUAUGGUGCGCUAGCUACUGCCGCUGCUACUUUUGUGGGACAUUACCCCUGGUUUGGUACUUAUAAUUGGUUAUCGGCCGUUCUUCCUCCACCACAUAAUAUCAUUCAGAAACUUGCUCGUCAAGCAUUCAUCGGAUUUUCAGCUUCCGUCGUAUCCGACACAGCAAGUAACAGUCUUCGAGUGGUCAAGACCUACAGGCAAGUACACGAGGGAGAUGUGGGGUAUUUAACCGCUGCCAAGGAAAUUGUAGCUUCUGAAGGAUUGUUGGGACUAUUUGGUAGGGGUUUACCUACUAGAUUACUUACCAAUGGGCUUCAAGGAUUGCUUUUUAGUAUCUUAUGGAAAUUAUUUGCGGAUCUUAUCGCUGGGUCUGGUAAAUAA